AUGGCUCUCGGUGUCGUCACCAGCACUCCUCGUGACGGAACUCGUCGCGACCCCUUCCAGCAGGAUUCCACUCGUUUCCGUGGCGCGUCCGCUCAGACCUUUGGCGAGACUGUCGGCGCCGGACCCAACAGCCUCGAGUCCGGCACCAAGGCCAUCAUGUCCGAGAUGGGCGGCCAGCUUCCCCAGGUCUCUCAAGGCGGUUCCGUCGACAUGACUCUCCACCAGGUCAACGGUGACGGUGGUGGCCCCUACGAGUGCAUGAUCAAUGCCGACGGCACCGGUGCCACCUGGGAGAACAUCCAGGUCACUACCACCCCUCCCGGCCAGAACUCCCGCAACCGUGGCGGCGCUCAGACCGACUUCCCCAUGGUCGCCGCCAUCCCUGCCGACCAGACUUGCACCGGCACCGUGGCCGGCCAAGAUCAGGUCUGCCUCGUCCGCUGCCAGAACGCCGCCCGCGCCGGUCCCUUUGGCGGCGUCGUGCCCGUCCAGAUGGCCGGUGCCGCCAACGCCACCGAGGCUCGCCGCCGCCUGGCCCGUUCCAUUCUCGAGACGGAGCGCACUCUCGCCAAGAUGAUGAAGCGCGCCUCCACCUUCCCCGCGAGCGGUGAGAAGCUUGAGGCCUUUGAGCUCGAGGAGGAGGCCGAGGAGGAGGAGGAGCAGUAA